AUGGCAAAAGAACAGUUUGAUCAUUUAAUGACAAACCUGCCUCUCAACCAUAUCAUCUGUGUGCAUGAUUUUUCUGAGAAUUACACUUGCAGAUCACAAGAUGAAAUUCAAUCAGAGUAUUUCGAUCCUGUGAAAGUCAGCAUUCAUGUGUCAAUUGUCUAUCGCCAUGCUGAUAUUGACAUUGAUGGCAAAAGUACAGAACAAGACCCUGUCCUCAUCAAAGAGCAUCUUUGCCCUUUCAGAAGACAACACUCAAGACUACCAUUUUGUACACCACACCCAAGGCCUAAUACUGACGUACCUUAGGAAUGAGGUCAAAGUGAAAGUAGACAAAGUUCAUGAAUUCACUGAUGGGUGUGCUGGACAAUACAAAUCUAAGCACACUUUUGGUGAUUUGUCAUGUUCUUUGUCUGACUUUGGGUGUCAGGUGGACGGCAUUUCUUUGAAACCUCUCAUGCAAAAGGAGAGCAAGAUGCAGCAGGUGCUAAUGUCAAACAACGUGCUACUCUUGCUGUGAUUCGAAGAGAAGCAUCCAUCAAGUCUGCAAAGGAGCUCUAUGAGUAUCUGAAGGACAAGUUCUCUUUGCCAUCUUCAACCAACAGCAAAACCACCUUAAACAAGAGAGUAUACUUCUACAUUCCACUAAAUGGAGAAGGAGCUGUUGACAGAAACAGAAUUGGCGCACUUUUAAAGAGCUAAAAGGGAUUAGAAAAAAUCCACUCUGUAAAAACAACUUCUCAGCAAUGUAAGGUGAAGACAAGGCUAAGAAGCUGUAUGUGCAUUGGUUGUUUAACUGACAUGGACUGUGAAAAUGAGGAGUAUGUUGAUAAGUGGAGAGGUUGAGAUGUCAAAGAGAAGGAGAUGUUGCAGUCACAAAGGCAGAAUCAAGACUCAGUCAAUGUCAGUAAAACAGUCAAUGCACUCACUGAUCUUGUUGAAGAAGGAAGUACUGUAGCCAUUGCAGCAGCUGAUGGCGCCAUAUAUGAUUACUACCUCUUCAAAGUUACAAGCAGUGGUGCCAUAAUUUUGGGUGAAGAUGAAGUUGAUGACUAUAGUGCUGCUUAUCAGAAAGGUUCCUUUGUCUUCAAGGGUAACUUUUUCCUAAGGGACAAUAUUAUAGACAUGACCUACAAACUUGACAAUAAACAAGCUAUUGUGUAUGCAAACACUGUCAGGACUAUCUGUGGAGAACUCAAGAAAUUAAAUAGGCGUUAG